GUCUCCGUCCCCGCGACGAGCGCGAACAUGGGCCCCGGGUUCGACUCCUUCGGCUUCGCGGUGGACCUCGAGAACGAGCUCAUCCUCGAGCGAGGCGAAUUCGUCGUGGACGUUGUCGGCGAGGGCGAAGACUCGCUGCCGCGCGACGAGUCGAACGCGAUCAUUCAAGCCGUGAAGGACGGGUUCAGCGCCAUCUACCCCGACCGCGAGCUCCCGAUCGAAAACAUCCGGUUCAAGAGCGUGAACCGCAUCCCGCCCGCGCGCGGGCUGGGGUCGUCGAGCGCGGCGCUCGUCUCCGGCCUCGCCGCGGGGCUCGCGCUCGCGGGGCAAGACCUCGCGGCGCCGCAGACGAAGCAGCUGCUGCUUCAGCUCGCCGCGGACUGCGAGGGGCACCCGGAUAACGUCGCGCCGGCGAUAUACGGCGGGUUCCAGGUGUCGAUCAACACCGGGAAGCAGUGGGUGACGCAGGCGGUGCGGCUUCCCGACGGCAUGCAAGCGAUCCUGUUCAUCCCAGAUUUCGAAUCGCUCACGUCCGAGACGCGCGCGGCGCUGCCGAAGGAGAUCCCCGUCGCGGACGCGGUGUAUAACAUCUCCCGCGCGGCGAUGCUCGUGAACAGCUUCAGCACCGGUAACUUGGAGGCGCUCAGGUACGCGUGUCAGGACGUGAUUCAUCAACCCGUACGAGGCGCGGCGUUUCCGCUCGCGGAGCUCAUCGACGCGGCGUACUCCAAGGGCGCGCACGGGGCGUUCCUCAGCGGCGCCGGGCCCACGGUGCUCGCGCUC